GAAUAGCUGACUUAGAUAGGUAAGAGCUGGCUCGACAACGACGUGCAACAUCCAUCUCAGAAGUCGACUGCGACAUGAGCUUGAGAAGCAUGAAUUUCGUCAUGUAGAUAGGUCGACCAGUUCUCUGUGUCAUAUAAACGGCGUCGCGGCGAUUGAGCGCCAUGCGGAAAACCUGCGUGGGGCUGUCGCUGGCGCUCGCGCUGGCGCUGUGCGCUGUGCACGCAGCAAGUGCAUACGACUGUAGCGCGCACCCGUGGGUGGACGAGGCGGUGAAGCACUGGUUUAAGCCUGCCUACAAAAUGGCACGGCAGUCACCUCUCACCGUGGAGGAGAGCCUUGGCAAGAUAGCAAAUAUCACCUGGGGUGACUACUUCACGGGCAAGUCCAUGGGCAUCCUAUACCACGACGAGCCCACUAAGGCGUACAAGGUGCGGUGGCAGCUGCUGUGGAAGCACAACGAGCCGCACAAGCCGGCGGGCAUGCAGCAGCUCAUGGAGCGGGCGGUGGCGGCACACGGCACGGACCUGGCGGCGGCGUGGGGGCCGGGCAAGGAAGUCAAAUUCAUCUUCGGGACAGAGGACUUCCCCAUCACCUGGCCCGACCAGCAGCUGCGGGUGCCUUCAUUCCAGAUGUGCGCCUCACCGGAGUCGCCGGACGUGCCUAUACCGGACUUCACAUGGGAGAAAUACAACCAGGCGCAGUACACCAACACCAGCUGGUGGGAGGUGAAGCGGCUGCUCACGCACAAAGCCAAGAUGGUGCCGUGGCGGCUGCGCGAGCGGGAGCUGUUCAUGCGAGGCGACGCGGGGGUGGGCUACCGCAAAACACUCAUGCCCUUUAUGCACGAGGUGCAGGUCAACCGCUCCGACAUCGCGCUGUUCGGCGUCAAGGUGAACUUCCACACCACCGGCUUCUACGUUACAGACAUGAAGCACUUUUCGCUGCUGGACAACUGGUGCCAUCGUCGCUACCUGGUGCACACCAGCGGCUUCUCCUACAGCGCCAGCCUCAAGUACAAGCUGGCGUGUGGCGCAGUGGUGGUCAGCUUUGAGAGCAAGUUCCGCGAAUUCUACUACCCGGGCCUCAAGCCCGGCGUGCACUACAUCAGUGUGCCCGAGGCGGAGCGAGAGGCGCUGCUCAAGACCGUGGCGCCGCAGCUCAAGAAGGAGCUGACGGAGCUGGAGCAGAAGUACUCGGAGGAGCCGCCGCCCAUGGCCAUCGCGGCGCGCGAGUUCGCCACCACGCAGCUGAGUGACGCCGCGGUGUCCUGCUACCUUUACAGAACGCUGGUGGCGUACGGCAGGCUGUACCUGUCGGAAAAGGGCUCGGACGUGCCGGAGGAGGUGGAGCUGCCCGCCAUGGGGCGCCGACGGCAGCAGAGGGCCGCGGCGCACCGGGGGAGGAGAGCGUUGCUGAUUGGUGAAAGGGCAUGAAGAACAGCGCAACUACCAGGACGGGUGAUGUGCUGAUACUUUGACUCAGUCAGCCACGUUUUCACGCGCCAAAGUUGUGUUGAAUGUGGAAGUGGUGUGGGGUUUCUGGAUGGCACAGCCGUGCGAUGGCUCGGCUCUGGGCGAAGUGGCCUUGGAGCGGCGGACCUUGUCGUACACGGUACUGAUACUGUCUGCCAUGUAGGUACUUGGCAUGUUGAUAUGAUGAUGAGAGCGAGCAGCAUUGUAUAUAUGCUGACUUUCAACAAUGAAGACCAAGAAGAGGAUGAAGGUUGCACGUGUGUGGGGGGGGGAGGGGUGGCUCGGGUUUUGGUUGGCAGUGCGCGCAGGCGGACGACGCCGAGGGCCGGGGUCUGUGGCAAGGGUCGUCGUGCUCUGUGUUGAAGCCUUUCUGCAGGGUGUUCACAGGGCAUCGGCUACUCUUUUGUAUCCGUUUCUGCUGUUUUAUGUUGCUUGCGCGCUCGCAGCCUGAGGGAAAACUAGAAUCUAAGUUGGUACUCU